CCUUGCGUAGACACCGAGUUGGUUUGUGUAUUCUUUGACUAGAUUGAGCCAUGGAAUUAGCUAGGUAGCCGAUAGAUCGUAGUCUCUCCCUUUGGUCACCUCUCAUAACAUUUUCUCAUCAACUCUUUCCAUCAUCGGGAGACACUGUUCAAACACCGUGGGAGUGCCGAUGGUUUUUAUUUCGUCUGCUGAAAGAAUGUUAAUGUCGGCGGUUUUGCGGGCUGCUAGCUAGCCUAGCCUCGGGUUGACGACAGAAGAGGCUUUUCUACGUCUGAACUCUCUGGAACACAGUGUGCCGAUUUUUUUUUAAUCAACUUGGCUGUCGCCGACGUCACGUUUAACACGCUAUCCCCGACCUAUCUUAUCUUUCACGAUUUGUAUUGUUACAUAAUCUGUUCUGGCCGUGGGAUAGAGUGACAUCAGCCUGUUUGCUAAAUGAGCUAACGGCGAGUUAGCCAACCCCCGCUAUCUGGCUAGCUAUUGAGUAACGCAACAUUAGCAGAGCAGUGCACUCGAUGUGCUGGCUAAAAAUACACUCCUCUGGUCCCAUACUCAGUGUCCCACCAAAAGUGGUGGGCUAGUCCACGUUGGAUUUCGUCUAUACGGCGUUUCUGGUCACCUCGCUUGGAGUUGGGCACUCUACAUGGUCACCACAGUGAGUUCAAGACGACUGGAAGAGCGAGUCGGACCCCGAGGUUGCGAGCCGAGCUGGCCUGACAUCCACCGCAUCGGCUGGGUGGCUUCAACUCGGCUUCCCCAAGUGAACCCGUUCGGCUGUGGCUGCCCGGUGGCCGAAAAUCAUUGUGCGCCCAUGGCCUUGUUUUGCCAUCAGUAGCACAAGCCCUAGGGUGGGGGGGAAACUCAGUUAGCUCCGAGCCACUUACUUACUACACAGUAACUCUUAGAGGUCAAAAGAAAAGGCGCUUUGUUGUCACUGUCAACCCUCUUGAGAUCGUCGAGACAGGCUCAUCUGUCAGGAGCGGCACAGCACCAUGUCCGAAGACAACAACGCAGACAAGUUCAUCAAGGAGGCAUCCAUUCUAGAGGAGUACAACAUCAACUGGACCCAGAAGCUGGGAGCUGGCAUCAGUGGACCUGUUAGAGUAUGUGUGAAGAAGUCAACUCAGGAACGCCUCGCCCUGAAGAUCCUCAUUGAUCGCCCUAAGGCCAGAAACGAGGUCCGUCUUCAUAUGAUGUGUGCCACCCACCCAAACAUAGUGCAAAUUCUGGAGGUGUAUGCCAACAGUGUCCAGUUUCCCCAUGAGUCAAGCCCAAGGGCAAGGCUACUGAUCGUCAUGGAGAUGAUGGAGGGCGGUGAACUGUUCCACAGAAUCAGUCAGCAUAGACACUUUACUGAAAAGAUGGCCAGCCAGGUCACUAAGCAGAUAAGUCAAGCCUUGGAACACUGUCACUCCCUGAAUAUUGCACAUCGAGACCUGAAGCCAGAGAACCUGCUCUUCAAGGACAACUCUCUGGAUGCUCCUGUGAAGUUGUGUGACUUUGGCUUUGCCAAGAUCGACCAGGGAGACUUGAUGACCCCGCAGUUCACUCCUUACUAUGUAGCACCUCAGGUACUUGAGGCUCAAAGAAGACACCAGAAGGAAAAGUCUGGAAUCAUACCUACCUCACCCACUCCCUAUACCUAUAACAAGAGCUGUGACUUAUGGUCUCUUGGUGUGAUCAUCUACGUAAUGCUGUGCGGCUAUCCUCCGUUCUAUUCCAAGCACCACAGUCGCACCAUCCCCAAGGACAUGAGGAAGAAGAUUAUGACAGGCAGCUUCGACUUCCCAGAAGACGAGUGGAGCCAGAUCUCCGAAAUGGCCAAGGACAUUGUGCGCAAGUUGCUGAAGGUGAAGCCAGAGGAGAGACUAACUAUCGAGGGAGUCCUUGCUCACCCCUGGCUCAACUGCACUGAGGCCUUGGACAAUGUGCUGCCCUCCGCCCAGAUGAUGAUGGACAAGGCGGUAGUGGCAGGUAUCCAGCAGGCCCAUGCAGAGCAGCUGGCUAACAUGAGGAUCCAGGAUCUGAACGUCAGCCUGAAGCCUCUUAACUCCGUCAAUAACCCAAUCCUCAGGAAGCGGAAACUACUACGCCCCAAGCCCAGUGAUGGCUUCUUUAUCCACGACCCAGAGAACGGAGGUGAAGACUCCAAUGUAGCGCUGGAGAAACUACGAGACGUCAUUGCACAGUGUAUACUACCGCAAGCCGGAGAGAAUGAGGAUGAGAAACUGAACGAGGUCAUGCAUGAAGCCUGGAGGUUCAAUCGCGACUGUAAACUACUGAGAGACGGCCUGCAGGGGCUCAGCUGGGAUGGAAGAGCCUUUUCUGACAAAGUUGACCGCUUGAAGCUGGCCGAGAUAGUGAAACAGGCCAUUGAAGAGAAGACGAAUCUCCAAGAAUCUCAUUAGCAAACGCUGUCUUUCUAUCUCCUUUUAUAUUGUUUAAUAUGAACCUUUUUAAGCCAGUAUCUGUAAAGAGGCUUUUUUAUGUAAAUUGAUGCGCUAAAAUUGUUCUUUUUUUUUUUUUUUCUUCCAUGAAUUCACUUGCAAGAGCUAUUGUACAGCUGUAGAUAUAUUUCAAAAAGGACUCAUUGGUACUAUACUUUUUUUUUUUUUUUAAUGAACAAUUGCAAAGAACAUGGAAAAACCUAUAUUUUCGUUUUUGGAAAAAAAAAAAAAGAAAAGAAAACAGGCAAAAAAUCACUGAAAGAAGAAGUUAUUUUCUGGGAGGGAAUUUUUACUAGCUGCUUGUCCAAGAUGUCACAUGUGUUUCCCAUGUAUUUCAUUUUAUUCUUUUUUUUUUUUUUUAAACCAUCCUAAGAAUUUAUUUAUUUAACAAAAAUUCCAUUAUUUUAUACCUAACUUGUGGCCUGGCAAUAGGCUCUGAGGUUGAGAGAAAUUGUCUAUAUUGUGACUUUGUUCUUCCAUAUAUAUUCUGAACCUUGAACUGCGUUUGAAUCAUGUGAAUCCUUCUUUUCCACGUAAUUUUCCCAUGACUUCUAGCAGGUCUCAUGAACGUUAAGGAGAAGUGAAAGGGGAUCUAUAAAAUGUGGCAUUGGUUAGACAAUCCAGAUGCAGCCCCAAAUUCAUCCUUUUGGGCCACAAUCCCCUUCUCUGGGCCGGUAACAAAAGACCGAAGAAGACGAGAUAGACAUAAGCACUACGGCUGUUUUUCUGUCUGGCUUGUUUCGAUGCUUUCUGUUUAGUUCGGGCUUAUCUUUCACACACUCAGUUCUGCUCCUUUGCUCAAAAGUUCAGCUUGAAUCAAAGUGCAUCUUUGCACAUUCACGACCAAGUGUUUGAAGGUUACAGAGAAGAGGCAAAAGUGAAAUAUCAAAACUUUUGAGGUUGUUUGAGCAUCUGGCAAGUAAAAUGAAGCAAAUUAGUUCAACCAUCUGAAAGUGUUUCCAUAGAUAUAUUUAUAUAUAUAUAUAUAUUGCCCAUUUCUGAUGCGCUGAAAGGUCUUAAGUUAAUCAUAUAAGGCAUUUAUGAUCUGUGAAACAGCCACUGCUGUGGUCAUCUGGGUUUGCUGCUUUGAAGUCAUUUUGUGGAAUUCCAACCAGGGUUAAUUAUUAAUUGAAAGCCCUUCAUUUGCUGUAAGUGCUCGCUUAAGUCUGCCUGGCACGUACGGAAAAAAAAGACUGAGAGGUGUUUAGCUGAGGAGAAGCAGAAGCCAAGGACAUUCUUGUGCCCCCUGCACAGCGAACAUGUCUUGUUUUUGAUUUGUUAGUCCACCUGUGCACUUCAGUUUCAUGCUUGUUUUCAGCAGCAGUCUCAGUAUCUUAGGAAUGUGGACACAAGCAUGUUUGGCCGAACACUGCCUGCAGCCAGUUGUCAUGACAAUGGAAAUUAACUUUGGUCCACCAACAUAAAGACAAAUAUGUAGAUCAAAUAACACCUUAGUUAAAUAGCAGGGCAGCUCUCAGUGGGGUACAAAAUUGUCCCUGACUCCAGUAUUUCACCCACAUUGCACUUUUGGCACAGCCGAAUUGGCUCGUGUGCCGGAAAAGAUCAGUCAUCCCGAGGAAAGCAACACAACCCAUAAACAAUAAGUUAACAUCAGGUCUGCUGGACUUGCAGCGUCACAAACUUGCUGAGCUGCAAAAUGUGCAAUAAUGCAUGCAUGUAUGUACACUGUGUGAUAUUUAUCUAUAUGUCAGUAUUAUCGAAGAAAGGCCUUCCCUGUUUCAUUUCAGUGGAUGUAGUCAAUGAAUCCUCAGAGUAGAUUCGAAUAUAAUGUAAUCAGAUGAGCCGAAGCAAAUUUACCGGUGCACCGUUUUGUUUCAAAGAGUGGCUUAAAAUUCGGGUAGGCGAGUCCAUAGUACACUGAACACUUCAAUUGCUAAGAGGGUGCGUGUUGUUUUGUUCAGUACUUCAUCAUUUUGUGUUUAUAAAUUUUACGUUCAUUUUAAAAAAUCCUCAGAAGUUUGUUUUUAAUUUCCCUCUCAUUGAAAUUCCCCUUUUAAACAAAGUCCUAGCUUUUAUACGCAAGGAGAAACAACUCUAAUUUUUUUUUUUUCUGUAAGCGUCUUUUUAUGUGGAGACUGAAGCAUUGACAUGAGAGUUCAUGAAAAAAGUAAAUCAGCAAAGGUUGGAGCAAUAUCUGUAAAUUGAUUCCAGCCCCAUCACCUACCUUUGUAUGUCUGUCUUUAUUCAGGGUGUGAUUAAACACAAAACAAGACUGGUGUAAACACUUUGAACAGUGUUGAUGAAUGGGGUUUAUGUUUUUUUUAGAGGGUGGGGGUCAAUGCUUUUUAAUACUAACCUGAUUCUGAGUGAUUGCCCAAGCUUUACAGUGCUGAAAAACAGUCCUGCUUCUGAAAUCUCCCUGAAAUGCGCUAAAAGAGUCUUAGCUGGAUUUUGACAACAUCUUAGUCCACAAAUGACUUGUUAUACCCAAGAAGCCACUGCGUAGGUGACCACAUGUGCCUUGUUGACUGGGGGCGACAUCAUCUGCAACUGCUCCCAUCAGCACCAGAGAUUAUUAACAGGAUGUAUGAGGUCACUCAGGAUGAUCGUUAGCAGUGAUUAAUAUUGGCCCGUUGAGGAUUAUUUGAUUAAUUCCACGACAGGAUCUGCACAUGAGUACAGAGUCAACACCACCCCUCAUGACAGCAGAACUUAAAUCAGUGCCGGUGUUUGUUUCAUUUUGACCAUGCUCUGCAUGGAUGUGUGUUGGUGUGUAGCUACAUAAUGUGUAUGUGUGGUUAUCAGUGUGUGUGGUUCAUUAUGCUGCAGAAAGCAUAGCAUUUAAUUUGUCUUACACAUUUCUGGAGGCCUAUCAACAAAUCAGACAGACAUUUGAAUAAUGUUGAAGGGCAGUGUAUUUAUUAGCAUUAUGUACUGUAAAUCCAAGGCAUAUAUCAAUCUUGAUAUUAGCACACUCUGUUGAACACCCCUAAGGGAACUAUGUGUUGUUUGCUCAGUGUUAAUAAAAUCCCAGGGGGGUUAGUUGAUUUUGAAAGUGCUACCUCCCUUCCCUGCAUCCUCUGUUUAGUGUAUGAACAGCUGCUAUCGUAGGAUGCUCUCCAACUGACGUUCAGGCUGGGAAAGGCUUCGGUCCAGCCGAGACCGACCAUGCCACUUGUUUGUCUAACCAUAGGUCUAUUUUCAAAUAUAUAUAUCUAUAUAUAAAGUAGCUUCAUCAUCCAGUUUCCUCUCUUCCAUUUGCUGAACAGAAACUAAACGUCUGGAUUUAUCAAAGCUCUCUCAUGAAGGAUGCUGACUGAAGUUAAAUGACCUUGUUGUUUUUAAUACCAGCGUAUUUAUAAUGACCUGAAAGGCUGAAGUGGUACAUAUGCAGCACUUCUACUCUUGAUAAAUUCCAGACGCUGAUGCAUCUCAACACUCUUAAGUUGCUUUUGUCCCCAUCUCUACUGUGUGUUCACUACUGUGUGUGAACAGUAUGGAGGGACAGUUGUGAAGAAGGAAAUGUUAAUCUGAGAAAGCAAAGGAAGUCUAGGAAAGAAGAGCAUUUCAAAGUGUGGAGCCAUUUAUCAACUAUUCAAAUUUGUGUCGUUUUUUUCUUUUUUUUAAAUUUCUCUGGUCUGGCAGUAAUGUAGCAUGUACCUGAAUCCGUCAUGAAAGACUCGCUGUAUUUCCGCCUAUGUAUGUUUCUCUUUUUGCCCUUUCUGCCUUCUUUGGAAUGUCAUCAACAUGCUGACUUUGUAAUAAAGGAAUAAUUUGACUUUUAAACAUGAAAAA